AUGUGGAGCGAUCAGGGAAGAAACUUUGUUGGUGCUAACAAAGAUCUGGUUGAAGCCUGGAGGGAAGCUUGCCAACAAUUUGAUGGAGAAAUUAGUGAAUUACUUGCUAAUGAUGGAACACAAUGGCACUUCAUCCCGGCCUACUCCCCAAAUUUUGGAAAUUUAUGGGAGACGGGUGUGAAAUCUAUUAAGCACCAUCUACGAAAAAUCCUUAACACUAACCUUACCAAUGAAGAGCUUACGACGGUUCUCUGUGGAAUUGAAGCGUGCUUGAACUCGAGACCGCUGUGCCCGCAGGAAGACAGCACAUUGAAACCAUUAACUCCGGGUCAUUUUUUGAUAACUGAAGCCCCUGUAACCGUGCCUGAUGUGAACCAGAAAGACGCUAAAAUAAGCAACCUGACACGUUGGCAAUACACGCAAAAACUGCUGAAUGACUUCUGGUCAAGAUGGCAAAAAGAAUACUUGAAGCAGCUGCAACAAAGACCGAAAUGGUUAAAACGCGAAGACGAAUUCAAGAUAGGAGACAUUGUCCUCAUAAAACAGGACAAUUUGCCACCAGAAAAGUGGCUUAUGGGACGAACAAUCGAUAAGCAUCCUGGCCCUGACGGUUUUACCAGAGUCCAUAGUGUAAAGAGUGGUGAUCAUAUAACAAAGCGAUGCGUAACCAAACUAUGUGCGUUGCCCAUCGAAAUAGAUUAG